AUGAACGUUGUGAUUACCUCCACCAGGUGUUCGACUUUUGGUUUAAUUUUGGAAUCAAGAUCGGUCAUGAAACUCCUCAAGGUGCCCAAGUAUGCAACUUUGAGUUAUGUAUGGGGACCAACAAAAGAUUCGGAUCUGCAAGCGACCAAGGAUAACGUCCACGAACUUGAAAGCGAUGGAUAUUUGUUUGAUAAUGAAGGCAUUCCGACCGCUAUCACAGAUGCCAUGACGGUUUGCUCCAACUUGGGAAUCCAUUUUCUAUGGGUCGACCGCUUGUGCAUCGUCCAGGACAGCAUGGAAGAAAAGAGAGCCCAAAUAAAUGCAAUGGGAAGGAUUUACGGGCAUGCCUGUCUCAUCAUUGCACAGUUCCAGGGCGAAGGUGCCCACGAUGGACUGGCUGGCGUAUCCAAGCCAAGAGAAACUACCACGGAUCCAUAUCAGACAAGAGACGUUUACCUGCUCCGGGAAUAUGAUCAGUACCAGGUUCUCUGUAGCCGAUCUAAAUGGGCGACCAGAGGCUGGACAUUCCAAGAGGCUUUCUUAUCUUCCCGGGUACUGCUCUUCUCCGACCAAGGAGUUAUCUUUGAGUGCUAUGAUGGCGAAAAGAUCCAUAUGGAGGAUCGUGACAUGCGGGAAACUGAAUGGUCCGAUGGUGGAAUGUACAACACUCGAAUCCCGCCCAAGGGCGAAGUCUUUCCGUCCUGGUCUUGGGUCUCUAUCAAGGGUCCUGUUAGCUUUUGGAGACCGGAUGGGAUGCCUGUAACAAAUCUAGCCAUUUGGGCAGUCGCCUCGGACAACCUCUCUCUACGAUUCAUUCGACCACCCAUCUCCGAGCCAUCGGUUCCUGGCAACAAAGAUCACAAGAUGAAGCUCCUCGUUGCUUUAGUUGCUUGGCGAAAUGGGUGCUUUCCAUCCAAGUUACCAGCCGUUUUCGAGCCCGAUGCCAGAUGGCAACAUUAUGUUGAGUUGAUUGAGGCCCGAUGGUCAUCGAUAGAUGAGCUCUGCACUGACGCACUUGGAAUUGAUCGCCAUACUCUGACUGUGCCGGAUCUGCAUGAAAGAAUCUCUUCUGAACUAAUCAGGCUUGCUGGACAACAGCCUGGGAGAAUCAUGGUGCACACCAGCUCGCUUAUUUUGAAGGUCGACCCUCAAUUGCUACAAGAGGGUGUAGCCUGUUUCCGGACGGAAGAUGGACGGGAAGUUGGUAGGCAAAACAACAUGAAGCAAGGCGAGUUGCGUCGAUUUUCGGAAGCCCUCGACACAGACCCAGACACACAGUUUGAAGCACUGGGCCUUGCAUUAUCUGCCAGUGCAUAUUAUAAAAAUAUCGAGGGGCUGUGGCGCGACUCAACUGGGGCGGCUCUCUACGAGCUUCGUGAUCCCGAGGGGUGGCCCGAUUUGCAGAGUUACGAUCACGCCGUCGAUUAUCCAGCCCUCCGACGAAUUGAUGAACGUGUUUUGGAAUGUACUUCGGUGGAUAUAAAUGAGAUGUUCACUGUAACAAAGACACGGUACACCAGGAGUCAAACCAGGACAUUCACGCAUAAGUCAGCCUGGAAUACAGCAUCUCCAUACAAGAAUGUCUUCUUCCGCCCACUGAGCGGGUGUGAGCUCGGAGCGGGAUCGAUCUCCGCACCAGCGGGUCUGAAAGAAGGUUAG